AUGGCUGGCUAUCACCAUAGAACGACGUCUGAUACUACGUCAACGGCUUUGCAUGAACGACGGCUGCUUUACUACGCAUUUAUCUUCGACCAAGAUCUGUCUAUGUACCUUACAAAGCCAGCAUCCCUUACGACUGACAUGCUUCCCUGUCUACCAGAGGAAAAUCCGGAAGAUGGGCUCAAUACCCUGACGUUGGAUGAUGGCUCUACGAUGAACUAUCUUCGUGAACAGGUUAUCCUAGCCAGUAUUCAACAGAAGGUCUAUCAAAAGCUCCGCUCAACGCAAGCUUCUGCGCAAUCUACCGAACAGCUCUAUGCUAGUGUAAUGGAGCUCGAUGUCGAGUUACAGAACUGGAGACAAAAUAUCCCUGACAUGGCUCAACCUCAGACUCCACUAGCUGGUUUAGAUGAACAGAGCCUGAUGACUUUGACGGUGCUUCAUUUCUGUUACUUCCAACUGCUAGUAUCUAUUCACUCUGCGGUAUUCAGCAGAGCCGCUCCACUUCCACAUGAAUGCGAAGAAAACAAUCUCAUCAUCUCCAGCGUCUCAUUAUGUGUUAGCGCUGCACGGGCUUCAAUCUCAUUACUAAACUACCACGAGAAACGCCACCCUUUCACUAUAUAUCUGCUUUACCAUGUGGCAUGGAAUGUCGACAUCCUACUCAUCAACAUACUCGAAAACAAAACAAAGCCUCAAGCCCUUGAUGAUCUACAACUGCUAGGUUCAGUAGUCAGUUUUUUCGAGCAACACGAUCCGUCAUAUGAAACUGCCGUUGCUUAUCAUAUCACUCGGCUGUAUUAUCAAGUUGCACUCCGGGCUGUCAACAAUGCAAAAACUGCAUUUCAAAAUAAACCCCAAGAGUCCCCAGUUCACCCUCCAGCUACAGCCAGCGCCAAUGGACACAGCUUGUAUUCAUCACUUCCCAACGCAUCCGGUAAUUUGCCGGUUACAGGUACGGGAAGUCCAUCAUGUGAUCCAAAUGUGGAGCAGAGCGUUCUCCUCCUCCUAAGCUCUUAUGGUAUGGAGCUAAGUUUCCUGCCUGAUCUCUGGCAAGACCCUCACCUACCUAGAUCCGAUGGCUCAGGAGAUCAGCAGUCUAGGGUGUGA